ACGUCGUGCGUGUAAUACGUGCCCGAAGGAGACGGUGUAUGUAUCUCAAUUAAGUCGGUUGUAACCUGCAGGGUGUGUGAGUGAGUCACGACAUUAUGUAUGUGUGGGUGGGAUAGGAGGCUCCGAAACCGUUACAAGAGAAGUCUUUUCAAGAAGACCAGUCUCGAGUUACCAACCUGCCUGUCGUCAAGCACAGCUUGUCAGCGACAGAAAAUCAACGCUGCAGAUUUCGACGGAUCGACGGAUUUGAGCUGCAGCCUCGAGGAUCGAGGGGAGGUCUCUUGGACUUGCGUUAUUAUACCUAUUAUCGGAUCUAAAACCUAAAACUGGACGUACUGCGUGGGUAAUAAUCAUGAGACUGGUGUGCUGCCUUUUCAUCCUGUUCGUCGUUCACGGGGCUUCCCCUGCGAUCGUGAGGAAAGGACCGGCCUUUGCUAAGUCCGUCUAUUCCAAUGCCAUCAUGCCGGCUGCGAUGCAAGUUAUAUUCCACGCGGUUGGUGAAUUGAAGAUACACGCUGCCGAAGAGGAGGAGGAAAAUCUGUUACGCACACCGUCGACGAGUCCGCAUCCCCCUGGACAGAGACAACCGUUACCCGCCGAGGUACAAACGCGAAGCGACGUCGAGACGUCGACGAUAUCCGACGAGGAGAAGUACUUCGUGUCACCCGAGCGGUACCAGGAGGAGGCGUUGAUAAUGGCGAAACCGCAGGGCGAGAAUUCCGGCCAGAUUGGCGGGGGUGAAGCUGUGACUCCGGAAGCGAACCAUGAGGAAUCGGAAGUUGUCUACGGGCUACCGGAAACCAACUACGAGAUUCCCGAGAGGGAUCAGGAAGUGCCGGAAGAGAGUAACGCUCAUCUUCCUCUCGAUGGACAGACGGUUAGCAGGUGUAGACCAGGCUAUCAACUCGUUGCUAACAUGCCUAAAGAAUCGACCGUCGACAGCGUUGUCAAGCAGAUUUACAACAUCAUGGAAACAUCCUCGUCGGGCUACAAGGACGUCGCCCAAACUUCGCCGGAAAUGGUCUCAACUUCAGGGACCGAGUGCAUCGAGGCAAAGAAUCCAGGACAUUACAUUCCGGCCGAUGAUAAGGAAAAAUCUGACGAAGAUAAGGACGAUGCGAGGUUCACGCUCCUCGGCGAGAGAGUCGACCAGGUGCCGAAUCCGAGUUUGGUCGCCUUCCUGAGGGCUGGAAACACGACCACCAGCUCGACCCUUCGCCAGAUGAGCGAGCUUUACGACGUCAUGAGCAAAGACGCGAGGAAGCAGGGCUUCGCAAUGUACGCCGGAUACUCGGACACGGUCCUAAAGUUCCUGCAGGAAACCUCAGGCGGCGGAGCCGGCGUUCAGCUUAGAUUACUGCUUGAGAAAGUUAUGGAGAAAAACGAGUUGAUGAGAUACGAUGCGAUAGUAAAAACGAGGGCGAUGAUCGCCCUUCUGAAGGACCCGGGCAGCAGGCUGAGCACCGAUCUCAGAAACCAGGUCUUGCCGAUGCGCUUCGUGCUCUGAACCAUGUAUCCGACCUCGAGGGCCUCUUCGCAGCGCU